CACAUGUCCAAACCGAACCCAACCCAUCACACUGCAUACUAUCUAUCCCCUACCACCAAACCUACAACCAGCACAACCACACCCACAACCCUCAUCCCCUCAGAAAAGCAAUACAUCCAUCUACCCCUAUUUAAAAACCCAACCCCACCAACCUCCCCUUCCCCAGCCCCAAAUCCCAAAUCCCAAACCCCCAGGCAGACACCAACAUGUGAUCCUUCCAACCCCAGAAGGAUCCAUCCAUCGUUCAAUAGACACAAUCCUCGGCCAUCGACCAUCGGCCGCGGUUCUCCGUCCCCGGGCUACUAACGUACCUAUAAGACAAGAAACUAAGGUCUGCACCCCGCAGGCUACAUCCCGCAGCCCGCAAUCCGGCAAAGGAAGGGACUAGUAGCCGGAAGCUGUGGCCAACAGGAGGGGAGUAUCGGGUGUUAGGUUUGUUAGGUUCCGGGGGGAUUCCGUUGUCGUAAGGCGAUGAGUGGGUAGGCAUUUAGGUCUGAGGAUUGGGGUAGUAUUAGUGACUGACUGCCUAUUGGGAUUGGGAUUGGGUUUGAGUGGGGAUGGGGGAAGUGCCGAUGCUACCUUACGCUAGGUACAUGUGCUUAUUGCUUACGGAGUAUGGCGGAUAGAACUGGGGUAGGUACUUAUUAGGUACUAGGUACUUGUUUGCUAUGGG